AUGGUGAAUGUGGUGGAAGAUGUUCAACCCACAUCAAAUGAAGAUUAUGAGGAAGAAAAUUAUGUCAACAACUCUCAAGAAGGAUAUCAAAGGCAACAAUACCAAGGUUCAGGACAACAAAACCAAUGGAGGCCUGACCCGCAAGGGCAAGGCAGCCAACAAUGGCGAAAUGACCAAGAUAGGUCCAACACUUCAAUGAGGAAUAUGAUUGAGCUUGUCGCUUCUCAUACUGCAUCUAUUCAAAAGUUGGAGAUGCAAAUAAGAGAUCUCUCAAGAGAGAAAAAUCCGAAGCAAAAGGGCACACUCCCAAGUGACACAAUUGAAAACCCAAAAUGUGGUGGGAAUGAUCCAACUUCUCAUUGUAUGGCAAUUACAACUCGGAGUGGGAAAGUACUUCAAGGAGAGAACGAACAAAUGGUCGAAGUGGAAGAUUCCGAACAAGAAGUUGAGGCACAAGUUGAAGUGCCAAUUGUUGUUGAAGCUAAAAAGGUCCCGAAAGAGUUGAAACUUCAAGAAGUGAACCGGGAAGAGGUUAAGGAAAAGGUGAAAGAGACUCCAAAAAUUCUAGAACCAAUUCCUAGACCUCCUCCUCCUCCUUUCCCUCAAAUACUUUCUAGGAAGAUGUCGGGUUUUACUAAGUAUUUGGAAGACUUGAUCACCAAGAAUGAAGUGGUAAAUGUGACUCACCGGGUUAGUUCCAUCAUUGCAACUACCACCGUUCAAAAGAAAGAAGACUCGGGAGCUUUUACCAUUCCAUGUACUAUUAGGGGGCGCGAUUUUGCAAAAGCUCUUUAUGAUAAUGGGGCUAGCAUAAAUUUAAUGCCUCUUGCUAUUUACAAGCAAGGGGGGUUAGAUAUGCCGAGGCCUAUAAGUAUGAGGUUGCAAAUGGCCAAACGUUCAUUAAAGAGACCGGUGGGAAUUGUUGAUGAUGUGCUUGUGAAAGUGGGAAAGUUCCUCCUCCCCGCCGACUUUGUGAUCCUUGAUUGUGCUAUUGACAAAGAGAUCCCUAUCAUCUUGGGGAGACAAUUUCUUGCUACCGGAAGAGCACUUAUGGAUUCAGAAUGA